GACAGCUUUAGUAACUCCAAUAGCUACAAGCCCUCAGUUAAGUGACAGAGCUAGGUUCCCAUAUGUUGUCAGAACCUUACCAUCAGACAGUAAGCAGGGGCCUGCUUUUGCAGCAUUUUUCAUGAGUCUUGGCUGGCCCAAUGUUCAUGUUAUCAUUGAAGAUGAUUCAUCAUAUGCCAAAGACUUAGCAAGUACAUUCAAAGAAACAUUUGAAAAGGAAGAACAAGGGAGAUGCAUAGCCUCUACACACAUGCUAAAUAGCUCACAGGCGAGGUAUCACAAUGAACAAAUAAUUUCAGCCAUCAUAAACAGCUCCUCCAAGUCUGAUAUAGUUUUGUAUUUGGCAUUAAAAAUCAGAGAUUUACUAGAAGCCAAGGAAAAAUAUCUUGCAAAUGAAAAAGCAAAACGCCUUGUGUUUAUUGGGACAGAGGGAUGGGGAAGAACUGAAAAUUUGGUUAAAGGUCAUGAAAAAGCAG